AUGGGUGAGAACACAAGCAUAACGAAUCGCCAAGUUUUCGAUGUCUCCAUUGACAUGCACCAUCAGGGUAGCUCCAAGUGUUUUGAUGAUGAUGGCCGUCUCAAGCGAACUGGGACCGUAUGGACUGCAAGUGCUCACAUCAUAACAGCUGUUAUUGGGUCUGGUGUUCUUUCCUUGGCUUGGGCUAUAUGUCAGCUUGGAUGGAUUGCUGGACCAGCUGUCAUGUUCUUGUUCUCUUUUGUCACGUACUAUACUUCUACUCUGCUCUCUGCAUGCUACCGCUCUGGUGAUCCUCUUACUGGCAAGAGGAACUACACUUACAUGGAUGCUGUUCGGUCCAAUCUUGGUGGUGUGAAGGUCAAGAUAUGUGGAUUUGUUCAGUACCUGAAUCUUUUUGGAGUUGCUGUUGGCUACACAAUUGCAUCAUCUAUAAGCAUGAUGGCAAUAAAGAGAUCUAAUUGCUUUCACAAGAGCGGUGGAAAAAAUCCAUGCCGUAUGAAUGCCAAUCCAUAUAUGAUAGGCUUUGGCAUAGCUGAGAUACUUUUGUCACAAAUUCCUGGAUUUGAUCAGUUACACUGGCUCUCUCUGGUCGCUGCGGUCAUGUCCUUCACUUAUUCAUCAAUUGGUCUAGGUCUUGGCAUAGGUAAAGUUAUAGAAAAUGGAAAAAUCAGUGGAAGUCUAACAGGUAUAAGCAUUGGCACUGUGACUCAAACACAAAAGAUGUGGAGGAGUUUCCAAGCACUUGGUGACAUUGCUUUUGCCUAUUCUUUCUCCAUGAUCCUCAUUGAAAUUCAGGACACAGUCAAAUCCCCACCAUCAGAAGCCAAGACGAUGAAGAAGGCAACGCUAAUAAGUGUUGCAAUCACAACCCUUUUCUACAUGUUCUGCGGCUGCUUUGGCUAUGCUGCUUUUGGAGAUUUGUCCCCUGGAAAUCUCCUUACUGGCUUUGGUUUUUAUAACCCAUAUUGGCUGCUUGAUAUUGCCAAUGCUGCCAUAGUAAUUCACCUUGUUGGCGCAUACCAGGUCUUCUGCCAACCUCUCUUUGCUUUCGUCGAAAAAGAAGCAGCUGAAAGAUUUCCGGAUAGUGAAUUUAUUACAAAAGGCAUCAAAGUUCCAAUUCCUGGUUUCCGCCCCUACAAUCUCAACCUCUUUAGAAUGAUUUGGAGGACCCUCUUUGUGAUCUUUACCACUGUUAUUUCGAUGCUCCUUCCCUUCUUUAAUGACAUAGUUGGUCUACUCGGGGCUUUGGGAUUUUGGCCAUUGACGGUUUACUUCCCUGUGGAGAUGUAUAUUGCACAAAAGAAGAUACCAAAGUGGAGUACAAGAUGGCUUUGCUUGCAAAUCCUAAGUAUAGCUUGCCUCAUUAUUACUAUAGCUGCUGCUGCUGGCUCUAUUGCUGGAGUUGUUGGUGAUCUCAAGUCGAUCAAACCCUUCCAGACCAGUUACUAA